GAUUUAUAGCAACUUAAAGACGUCCGAUAGCGUCUAGAAUUCACAAACUUUUAUAAUAAACAAGUUUAAAAAAAGAAGUGAGAAAAACUGGAAUCUCUACUAUAGUUUUACAAGUAAAGUAUUACGAAAUUUCUAUCCAGAUAGUGACCAUCACUAAAAAUAUGCUCGAGGCGGGACAAGUUAUUGCUGCCUAAAGCAUCAACUCAGGUAUGUGGUCUGUCUUGUAUCUGUUCUAGUCCACUUUUACUACAACACCAUUACUACUACGUGUCUAUUAGAAAGGGACGGGCGAAUACGUACAACUCUUCAGUUCCUCGACGUUGCGCGACUCUUCGCCUCAUUCACUCGGCUCGUGACGUAAGAAGUAGAUGAUUGGUCCAGCGUGUCCACCCCUCUCGACGAUCCGAUGUCGAGCUUUGGUGUCACGCUAGAUAUCAGUUCGGAGACAGUGUGUCAUCGAGCGUGAAACAUUCGAAAAGCCGUCUAACGAAAUAUGUUGAGACAUGUACUGCCCUAUACUUCAUAAUGGAAAGGUUAAAGUUGGUACGACUGAUGUUGAUCCAGACAUGCUGUUCACAGCAAAGACGACCCUGGACGAUUGCAGUUCCUCCUUGCCUCCUGGCCAGAAAUACGUCGCCGUUUGUGUACUGACAGGAGAUACUUUUUAUUUUGUAGUUGAUGUAAGUGGUCUUUUUACUUUUCUUCUUAAGAUUAGAUAUAAUUUAAUCCUUAGGCAAUUCAUUUUUCUUGAGCAAAAAAAAAAUGGUAUAUAUCAGUUUAUUGAUCCAGAACAGAAGUUAUCGAAGUAUGCACCAAAGUGGUGGAAAGUACUUCGUAAUAAUGGAAUUGAUAAUAGAAAAAAUAUCUUGACUUUUCAUUUUCGUAUAGAAAUAUACGUUGAUUGUCAUUUACUAGUAAAUGAUAAAAUAGCAAGGCAUUAUUACUAUCUUCAAUUGCGUGAAAAUGUCAUUAAGUACAACCAAAGCAUAAAUGAAGAGAGAGCAUUUCUCUUAGCAGCUUAUGCUUUACAGGCAGAUUUUGGGAAUUAUAAUAAAAAUAUUCAUGUUGGAAGAUAUUUUGAACCACAAAAAUACUUUCCUCUUUCAAUAAUUUUGAGAGUAGGUGAAGCAUACAUAAUUAAAUAUGUGCCUGCUAUGCAUAAAGAUUAUACAGGUUUGAGUUGUGGAGAAGCUGAAAUUGGUUAUAUAAAAGAGGCAUCGAACCAUGUAUCAUCUCAUAAUCUUCAUUUUUAUAAAAUGAGCAACAAGAAAAAUAAAUUAUCCAGUGAUAUUUGGCUUGGUAUAAGUCCAAUUGGUAUUGAACUGUAUAAGAGAAAAAAAUUUGAAAUAAGAAUAUGUGGUUGUCCAGAAGAAAGAAAAUUUACUUAUUAUACUAACAGUGAAGUUGAAGCAAGAAAUCUAUUAUAUUUAUGUAAAGUGAAUCAUCAGUAUUAUUUAGCUACUCGAACACAAGUGCAGAUUCUUAAAAAACUUGAACAAGAAGGUCGGAAACCAUAUCGUGAAUCAUAUAUUUACAGUGAUGAAACAGAUAUAGUUGAUCAAUUACAGAAGGAAUCUACUUCCAGUGAAAUCUCCAUAUUUUCAAAAGGUGGUGCUGAAAACAAUAAACUGUCUUUCAAUAAAAGUGAAGAGAAAAAACUCAAAAGAAAUUCACACAUAAGUAUUCCAUCUGUCAAAUUAGAUGCUUAUGAAUCAUUUAUUCAGAAUGAUAGUGGUCAUUCCUCCUUUGCAGAGAAUAGAAGCAAUUCUGCAUCUCCUGAUGUUGCUCCUCAGAUUUUACAUGAAAAAUUACAACAAGCAUCUCACAAUACUACAAAUGUAAUGGAAGAUGUUAAUUUAUCAUCCAUACCUUAUCAUUCAAAUCAAGUGGUUUCUCCAGAUGUAAAUAACCUUGAUAGCAAGAAUAAUAAGGAUUGUUGUCAUGUGGCUAAUCCAUAUACAGAACAAUGUUCAAAAUUAAAUGAAUAUAGGAUAUCUGAUAACACAUUUAAUAUACAAACAAGUGAAACUAGUCAUAAUUUAACAAGUCAGGAUUGUUGGAAGUCAUGUGCUGUUCAUGGACUUGAUUGUAAUAGAAUAACACCAUUAGAUAGCAAGUGUAAUAAUGAUACUUCAGAUUCUUUAAAAGAACCAGUAUUAUCUACUUCUGAAAUAUCUAAUUCUACUGCAGAAACACCAAUCAUAACUGGAAGGACUCGAAUUGGCAUUUCAUCUCUGAAUCAUCAACAGAAAAAUGGUUUGCAUCUUCAAGAAAAAUUACAUUUUAUGGAUAUUGGAUCCAGCUCUUAUAAAUAUCAAUAUAAUUUGUCAUCAGAUUCUGGUGUUUCUUCACCUUCAAAUGGAACUUUAAAUAAAAUGGAAAAAUGCAGCAUAUGUUCCUCUCAUCUUCAUAAUGAGGGAACAAUUAAUAAUAAUUCUUCAUGUCAUUUUACUUCAUUUUCUGAUUUUUCUGAAGAUGAACUUCAUUACAUUCCUCCACCUCCAGGUUACGAAAAUUCACCCGAAAGUAUCACCAAAUCAAUAGACAAAACAACAGAAAUUCAAAUUCAAAAUGACAUAGAUCAUUCCGAUAUUUUAAAAGUUAUACCAAAGCAUAAUGCGGAGUGCCACAAUUCGUCUUCUACAUCAUCAGUUCUCGAUCUUCAACAGCUUCGAAAGAAAAGUCAAGAUUUAGGUCUUCCAUUACUUUCGGCGCUUUGCAACGAUCGUUCUUUAUUAAUGUUACCAAAGACCGUGCCAUCGUGUACAAGGGAUCGUCAUCUUGGCAUCAAUUCCAACAAAAGACGAUUUUCGUGUAGUGCAGUGAAUCCAUCUUAUAUCAGCGAAAUGUGCAAUUCGGACGAAAUUUUAGGAGUAAGAGAACGAUCGCAUACUACUCCUCAACUUAGGCCAAUCAGUUGGCACAUCGAUAGGGAUUUUCCUUGGCAGAAUUCGAAAGUUGCCGAUAUACAAAACAUUCCACCAUUGAUCGAGAAUAUUUCCAUAAACGACAACAAAGAACCGAUGUGUUUAGUUACUUCAAGUAUAUUAACAUCAUUUUCUAACGUUCAAACGGGUUCCUCGACGCAAUACAUUAAUUCCAAUCCAUUACGCCAAAUGAUUCCCACCAAACUAUCUUCAGCUUUUGGAGGUGCUUCACAUUCUCCAUCAAAAUGAUGGUUCCAUUAAUUCUGUAUUAUAAACUUUCUGUAAUUCGGUCUUGCUCAAAUAUCAUUUAUAUUAAAUGACAUACAGAACUCUAAACGCAUAGAAAUUGUAUAAAAAACGAAUAAAAAGCAAAUACUAGAAAGAAAAUUAUCAGAUAAUUUGUGGCUGUUGCAAUAAUUAUACUCCAAAAUUUAAGCCAUUGUGAUUUAAAAAUCAGGAGCUUACUUCUGUAAAAAAAAAAAAAAAAUAUUUACCGAAAGCUUCGCAUCUGCCAUAGUUAUUGCCACCGGAUAUAUUUAUAAAUUGAAUUUAUGAUAUUUGCUAUGUAUAUUUUUCUGAAUAAAAGUUCAAAAGAUUUAAUUAAA